UUUGCCAACCGCGAAUUUGCGAAACUAUUACGGUUUCGGAGUAUUUACAUUGUCUCUGUGUAAAAGCAAUAUUCUUUGCUAAUAGUAAAAUCUCUAAAGUAAUAAAUUAAAUCUAUCAAGCUAUAAAGUACCUCAUAUCACUGAAACAUGCUUCCUGUUUUAUGGAUGAUGAACCGAUUAACAAGCCAAAGGCGUCAUCGCAUUUCUGGCUAUCGGGAAAUAGAAGGUCCUGAGUAUUGUCGAACAUGCUUAAGCACUCGUGAGCUUACUUUUAUAUUCAAGAGCAAGGAUGCAGAAAAACGUUCACAAGAACUGCGACUUACGACGGGCUUAGAGAUUAAAAUUAAUGAUGGUUUAUCACAGAAAAUUUGUAAAACAUGUGUAGAUACAAUACAAAAUAAUCUUAAAUUUAGGCGAACAAGCCGUAAAGUUCAUAAGAGCCUGCUUCUUAUGAAACUUAACAGUCAUUAUAGCAAAGUAAGAAAGCUGCAGACACCAAAACUUGAAAUACAAGUAGAAAGCCUGGGGUAUGAUUUCGAUAAUGAUUUUGGUCAAGAUGAAUUACCAACUGAUUAUCAGCAUGAUGAGGAUAAGCCAAAGAAAGAACGACAGAAAACAAUAAAAGUGAAAAAGAAAAUUGGAAUAGCAAACUCAAGUUCCUACAAAUGUCAUAGCUGCGGUAAAGAGUUUCGUAUGAAGUCAACCUAUAGGGCACAUUUACGGUUUCAUACUAGCUACUGCGUGUGUGAGUCAUGCGGUAAACGUUGCAGAAACAAUAACCAACUACAGGAGCACAAGAGGGCCCGACACGGCCUGGGCAAGAUACACAAGUGUGCAUAUUGUGAAUACAGCUCUGCUACUAAGGAAGCACUCACGAUACACGAACGUCGUCACACCGGUGAGCGGCCGUAUAUAUGUGAUCAUUGUGGGGCCACCUUCCAUCGCAGAGCCAACUUGGUGCAGCAUAUAGCAAUACACUUGCCGGAAAAAAACUUUCAGUGCGACAUGUGCCCGAAGCGGUUAAAAUCGCGAAAGUUCCUGCAAAUUCACAAGCACAACGCGCACACGGGAAAACGGUUCGGAUACCUGUGUCCAGUUUGUGAACAUCGCUUCGAGAAGCCAAACAAAGUUCGCGCGCAUGCUCGCCGCGUGCACGGAUUGCCCGACGAACAUAUCGCGCCCAUUAUUAGAGUGCAGCUGUAAUAUUUGAUCUCUGUCUGUUUUAUCCAAGGGAGCAAGGUUAUGCGCAUGUUCGCCGCGAGCACGGAUUGCCCGACGAACAUAUCGCGCCCAUUAUGAGAGUGCAGCUGUAAUAUUUGAUCCCUGUCUGUUUUAUCCAAGGGAGCAAGGUUGUGCGCAUGUUCGGCGCGAGCACGGAUUGCCCGACGAACAUAUCGAGCCCAUUAUGAGAGUGCAGUUGUAAUAUUUGAUCCGUGUCUGUUUUAUCCAACGGAGCAAGGUUGUUGCCCAUGUUUGCCGCAUGCACGGAUUGCCUGACGAACAUAUUUCGCCCAUUAAAAGUGCAACCUUGGCCGUCAGCGCAAAAGUGGACUAAGCUUGACACAAACAGAAUGAAAAUAAUAGUGUAUUCUUUGCAUAAAAUGUAUUGUAGUGGACUUAAGCCACUAUGCAUAAGUUAUGCAAUUAUUGUCAUACAUUUUUCUAAAUGGAGUUGGUUACUUUGGAAUAGUAUUGAAUAAGUCGAUAUUUUUUUCUUAAAUUACCUUUGCAUUUAAAGUGUAUAAGCAGGGUUAGGCCAAACAAGUAAGUAACGCGAAAUAUUAACAGUUUUAAUAACUACAUUUAAAAAUUAAAAUAGGCACACAAACAAACUACCAUAAUAUUUACGACAUCUGUAUUGUAGUUAUAAACUAAACUAAACUAUAAUAACGUUCACAGCCAGCCACGGACGAGUAAAAAAUAAAGGACACCGCGCCGUGAUAUUAGCAAGUGAAACACCUUUAACACCACAGUCCAACAGUUAUUUAUCAAACAUCUCAGAAAUACUUAUACAUAAAGAUAAAAUAAUAAAAAUGAAACAUUGCAAUUUGAACUGUUUCUAAUUAAUAAUAAUCUUUUAACGAUUUUUAAACGAGGUAAGGCGAGUCAAUGAAGGAAUUAGUUAUUUUAUAAAUAGUCGAUAUGAUCAAUGAUGUGUACUUCUGUUCUCCUAAGAUUAAGUUUUUAAUUUACCUAGCCUCUCUUGAUAGUAAUGGGGCAACUUUUUCUGUACGAUAGUAUUUUUAUACAUUUAUUUUGUGCUCUUUUUAGCCUAUACCCUGUGAACAAUAUAAAUAGGUGACAACAAUUUACAAAAAUACUUUUAAUGAUAAAGUUAAAUGGAUAUAAUAAGGAGAAAGUUGUUAUUAUCUAUUUAUUUUUAUUAUAUAUCAUUUUGUAUCAUUGCGCAAUCUUCUGUAUUGUCAAUAUUAUAAUAAAUUCUGAUACCUACAGAUUAAAGUAAACAUGGACUUAAUCAUUGAUAAAAAUUCCAAAAAAUAAAGGUCCAAGAUGUGAUCCCUGAGGAACUCCAGCGGUAACUUUUAUUGUCUCCGAUAUCAAGCCUUUGGUUGAAACUAGUUGACUACGAUUUUUAAGAUAUGUAGAGAUAAAACUAAGCAAAUUGCCAUGAAUUCCGUGGGAUUUUUAAGCUUCCAUAACAAUAAUUCGUGGACAAACUGUCGAAGGCCUUAGAAAAAUCCUAUGGAAAAAAUGUAUAUGGAGUCAACUUGUUCUCCAUAUGAAAUUAGAAACGUAAGAAUAUUUACUACUGAAAUACAAUAUAAAAUUAAAAAAAUAACGAGUCUAAAGUGAUGCCUAGGCAUGUUGUUGUUUCUAGUACAUCA